AGGGCCUCCCUGGUGGCUCAGUGGUUAAGAAUACGCCUGGCAUUGCAGGGGACACGGGUUCGAGCCCUGGGCCGGGAAGACCCCACGUGCCGUGGAGCGGCUAAGCCCGUGCGCCACAACUACUGAAGCCUGUGCACCUAGAGCCCGUGCUCCACAAGAGAAGCCACCGCAGUGAGAAGCCCGCGCACCGCAACGAAGAGCCGCCCCCGCUCGCCGCAACUGGAGAGAAGCCCGCGCGCAGCGACGAAGACCCGACGCAGCCAAAAAUAAAUGAAUAAAAUUAAAAAAAGAAAAUACAUUGAAUACCCCUGACCCCCUGAACAUCAUACAUAGGUCAACCCAGCCCUCCUUAAACACGCUCAGAAGACUUGUAUUAGCCGAGAGUUGGGCAAAAUCAUCUAACAGAAAAGCCUAUUUUAUCGUAAGGUGUGGAGUAUCUCCUGUAAUUGACUGAACGCUGUACCGAAAGCCGAAGGCAGAUGGCUGUCUGGUUCAGAAUGGUUCUCAGCGGGUCGGGGGUUCGCCCUCGUGAGGGCGGGCUGCCCGGGAGCUGGGGCUGCACUGCCCGGCACCAGCCUGGGAAAGGUCAAAAGUCAAGAUUCCGGGUACGGUUUCUGCUCAACGCGCAGCGCCGUCGCACCGCCGUGAGCCAAAAAAAAUCACAAGCCAAACCCUCGUAGAGCAGGGACCACCUGUUUUUCAGCGAGUAGCCAGUCGUCCCAGGGCUUGGCUAAAGGCGCGUGUGUUCAUCGGUCGCCGGUAGCACUCCGGUUGCUCGUGAGUGAGUGCCUGGGGGCCCGGCCGCCCCUCUGCUUGGGCGGGAGCUCUGCUCCACCUGCCGCAGCGCCGGCUCAGCAAUCUCGGCUGGCUCUUGCGUAAACUCAGCAGAUCGUUUGCAACGUGGGAAGAGCCAUGGAUAUUCCUAGAGCAUUUCUUUCCCUCCGCCCCGGGCUCUGGGCCGCCACCCCGGCCCUCUCCGCCCCACCCCUUAUCGUCCCGCGGUGUUGGUGUUGUUUGGUGCCGGGGCCAGUGGGGGACACGGCCGGUCGCCGGCAAGCAGGAUGGGGGCAGGGGGUGCUGUGGGCCCGCUGAGGCCCUGGACCCCGCUCUUCCUCCCCUGGGCCCAGGAUGGCGAGCCGGCCGCCUGUGGCUUUGACAAGCAGACCAAGCACCGCCUGCAGACUCUGGGGAAGCACCACCAGUCCCAGAUCCGAGACCUGCGGCCGGAGGACGCUGGCGUUUACCAGGUCCGGGCGCGGGAUGCCGCGGUCUCCUCCGCGGAGCCGGCGGCCAGCGACAGGGGCCUCUACUCCCUCGGCGCCAAGCUCCACGCCUCCAGCGCCUGGCUGCUGGUUGAAGCUGGGAAGGAUAAAAGCCUUCUGACCGCGAGCGCUGACCACCAGCAGCAGGUACAAGGAGCCCAGAGCCCAGAAGGUUCCAGGAGCAUCCGUGGCGACGGGGGGAGACCCAGAGAGCAGGACCCCACAGGGAGCUCCCUCCAGGGGGCCGGGCUGGCUUCUGGGCUCACAGCCGGCCCAGACAGAGGUGGCCUGGGUGGGCGCAGCUACACUUUGAUGGGGGACGAGGAGGCGGCCGACUCAGCCUGGGGCCCCGGACCGGCAAGAAAGAGCUUUCUGGAAGAAGGGGGCAGAGUCACUCCUCUUGGUGAAAAUCAGCUCCAUGGAGAGGGACGCAGGGACAGGAGCCUUCCAGGGGGCUCAGGGGAGGGCCUAGAAUCAGGGCUGGGCCUCGCAGGGGACCAACGGCGAGGUCGUAGCUGCGACAGCGAGGGGGACGGAUGCUCUGGGACGGCAGGAGGCAGGGAGGCUGGGUCCCGGCGUCCUCAGGCUGGAGGGCUGGCGCGCAGUGGGGGAGGGAAGAGGCAUGGAGAGGACCCCAGGAGUCGGCUGCCCAGGCUCAGCCAGGAACAGCCCUGGGACGCUCAGCUGGGACCUGGGACCAGAGAGCGGGCCCCGCAGGGAUCCCAGGCUGGUCAUGUGGGGUCCCGGUCAGAAGGGGAGGGGAUGGAGAUUUUCCAAAGCCGGUCUUCACUGCAGGAGGCAGGUGAUGGAGGCCCAGGGGGCCCCGGGGGCUGGGAAAGGGGCCCCCAGGGGCUCAGGGGAAGGGAGGGCCCGGAGACGGCGGGGACCUUUGGCGAGGCAGAGGACGGCUCCAGCAGCCCCCAGGAUUCCCGAGCCUGGAGAGCCAGGAGGAGGGAAACAGGGGAGGCGGGCAGAAUAGGGUCUGAGGGCCCAGGCCCUUGGGAUGACACACGGUCCAGCCCCAGCAAAUCCGGGGCCCACCGUGGGCCUGGAGCGCUGGGGUCCGGUGGGGGCCAAGGGGGUGAGGGGGGCACCCAGGUGGCUGGGCUGAUGGGGUCUGAUCGGGGCGUGGAUGCCAGAAGCCACAGGCUGAGGGGGCCUUCGGGCCCCGGUGGGACACUGGGAGACACGGAUGGGUUCAGAGGUGCGGGGGCCAUGGGGUCUGAGCCAGAUUUCUGGGAUGGGCCACGGAGCUCCAGGGAGAAAGGACCCGGAGGUGAGAUGGGCCCCGGGGAUGGUGCGGGGGGCUCGGGGGCGGCCGAGUCUAGGUUCGGUGAUGGCUUCGGGGGCCCCAGGGGAGCAGGCCUUGAAUACGGAGCUGGUUGCAGGGUUGGCUCGGGGAGGCCGGGAGCCGGGGGGUCUGGUCGUGCUGGUGGUCGAGUCGCCUCUGGGGCCCCUGCGGGGACAGAGUCGGAGGCAGGGGGUGGCGACAGGCACGGCUCGGAGGUGCCCGGGGGGGUGUGGUCUGAAAACAGAGAUGGCUGUGGUCCUGCCGGACGGGGGGCUCAGGGACUUGCUCGUCCCGAGGGUGGCUCCGGCGGCCCUGACGGAGGGCCCGUGGGUGGCGCCGGGCUGUGUGCAGAGGCCGGGGAGGCAUCCAGAGGCGGGGGGGAUGCUGGACCUGUGGGAGGGCAUCAUCCUGGGGGCGGCCUGGGGAGUCCGGGGCCAGCGGGGUCUGGGGGGCGAGGCGGCCGCAGGGCCUCUGCCACAGUGGAGACCGCCGGGGGGGGACACACAGGGGCGGGACCAGGGGGCUCGGGGAGAACAGGGCCUUGGCGUCAGACCGGGGGUGACGGGGGCUUCCGAGCCCCGGGGGCUCCGGGGGCUUCCGGAGAAGGAGGCCAUGAAGACGGCUCCGGGGCUGCAGGGUCUCCGAGGGCAGCGGGCAAAGUGCACGAGGCGGGUGGCGCCAGGGGCCUUGGAGCCGGGGCCCCUGGAGCCGGAGCCGGUUAUGGGGACGCUAGCUGGGGCCCCCAGGCGCGAGCUCCUCACGCGGGCGCGGCCUCUGAGAGCCGGGGCGCCGAUGAGCCUGGUGAAGCGCUGGGCUUUGGGGACGGGCCAGGAGCCGCAGGGCCUCUGCCCGCUGGAAGCAGAUCAGCUUACGGAGGGGGGUCGAGGGGUCUUGAGCCUGGGGGGAUGGGGCCAAGGGGUGCGGCAGGCUUUAGAGGUGGCUCAGGAGGCCUUGGAGGAACUGGGUCAGGCGCUAAGGCUGGUUAUAGGGGCGAGUCAGGGCGUUCUGGGGGAACUGGUUCAGGGGGUGAGGCAGGUCACAGGGGCGGUUUGAGGGAUGCCAAGGGGAUGGAGUCAGGGAGUGAGGUAGGGUGUAGGGGAGCCUCGGGAGGAUCUGGGGAGAUGGGGCCGCGGGCUGAGAUGGGCGGCAGAGAUGCUUCAGGGGGGUUUGGAGGAGCAGGCUCAGCAGCUGGAGCGGGAGGUGAGGGUGGACCCGGAGGCCAGCAAGCCGUGGCACGUGGGUCGGGACACUGGGCAGCCUCGGAGGGGCCUCACGGCGGCACAGGUCCCAGGGGUGGUCCGGAGAGGGGCAGAGAGACGGGGCUCGCGGGAGGGGCAGGUGCCGGGCCGGGCUCCGGGACGGCCGCGAGGCCUGGCACCGCAGACGGCACGGCACACGGGGACGGGCCCAGGGGCCCAGGGCUGCUGGGGAUCCACGGAGGCCCUCAGAUGCUUUCAGAUGCGCAGGGCUCCGAGAGUGGUUUGGGGGGCUCUGGACCCCCAGGCACCCCUGAGGCAUGGGGGGCUGUUGGCUCGGGGGGAGAGUCAGGCAUCAGAGGGCGGCAAGGUAGCUCUGGGCUCCCAGGGUCCCCUGGCCACAGAGGGGCUCCCAGUGGGGAGGGAGGGUCUGUAGGCCACGCAGCGGGUGUGGGCGCUUCUGGGAUUCCUGACGGUCGGGGGCCAGCGCGGGAUGAGACCUGGGCAGGGACAGCUGCUUGGGAAUCCGGACGUGACCAGGCCUUCUGGGAAGCAGGUCCAGGGUCAGCAGACAGGGGUCCAGCGGCUGGCCAGGGGGCGUUGGCACCUCAGGGCUCCGGGGCGGCACAGCUGGGUGGCGGGAGGAUGGGGGCAGGGUUGGGGGGCUCAGCAGGUACAGGCCAGGGUCUGGACAGCAGCCGGAUGCCCGGGGAAAGGGGCAGAUCCAUGUCAGGGUCCACCGGUGGGCGCGGAGAAAGCCAUGCUUGGGGCCCAGGCUGGGAAGACCAGGGGUCUGGCCAAGACAGCACAGGUGCCAGGGACCGGCCCCCAGGCUCCAGGGCUUCAAGCUCCCUGCAGGAGGAAGAUGCCACUUUCGGGGGAACCCAUGAAGGGCCACAAGCCUCCUGGGGCUGGGAGGGGGCUCCAGGCAGAGAGGAGGCUGGUGGGGGGCAAAGCCCAGGGUUCCUGGAUGGCAAAGCUUCAGGUCUUGGAAGGAGCAGGGCUAGCGGCCCAGGGGACUCAGGUGUCCCGGGUAAGGGGACUUCUGCUGGGAGGGAGAAGGGCUCCACCCAAAGGCCAGGGGAUUCGGGACGUCAGGGAGACUGGGAGGGCCCAGGUGGUCCCUUCGGCAGAAAAGACUCUGGAGACGGGUCACAGGGGACCCAGGGGCCUGGCUCUCAGCUGGGCCCAGGACAGAGGGGAGGAAGAGGCUUCCUGAGGGAACAGGAGUCCCUGGAGGCUAAGGAUGAUAGGGCCCGACGUCCAGGGGCGCUAAAGGAGUACGAGGGCCGGGGAGCCAAAGAGUCUGGCAGGUCAGAAAGGAGGCUCGGUCCGUUCAGGAGCAGGACUCAGACGUGGUCCAGGGUCGAGGUUGGAGCAGCAAAGAGGUGGGGAGCAGAUAAGGCCAGAGACCUGGGGGAACCGCCCGGAGGAGAGGGCGGGGGGUGCCCAGGGAAGGCCCCCAGCCGUCCUGGCAGCAGGACGGCCGGCAAAGAGGGCGGGUCAGACGUCCACGGCCAGAGGACGGAGGCCACCCGGAGUCCCGGAUCCAGACACAAGCCUGGCGCUGGCGGUUUCUCCAAGGAGGCGCGAGGCCACUUCUCCCAGGGCCUGGCUGACCUGGAGGUGCGGCGCGGGGAGGCUGCCGUGCUUUCCUGCACCCUCACCAGCGACCUGGGACCCGGAGCCUGGUUUAAGGAUGGGGUCAAGCUCAGCGCCCGGGACGGAGUCGCCUUGGAGCAGGAGGGGCUGGAGCGCAGGCUCCUCGUUGCCCACGCGGAGGGGACCCGGGCUGGGAGGUACAGCUUUGUGGCCGGCGACCAGCAGAGCGAGGCCACGCUGACCGUCCACGAGCCCCCGGUCAUCGCUCCCGACGUGACGGAGAAGCUGAGGGAGCCGCUGGUGGUCAAGGCGGGGAAGCCAGUGACCCUGAAGGUCGCCUUCCAGAGCUGCCUCCCGGUCCAGGCCACCUGGAGCAAGGACGGGGCCGAGGUGGCCGGCGGCGACGGCAGUGGGGCCCAGGUGGCAGUGGGGGACAGCUUCACGCGGCUGUGCCUCCCCAGCGCCAGCAGGGAGGACUGCGGCCAGUACAGCGUGACUCUGACCAGCAAGGGCGGCUCCGUGCAGGCCGAGCUCACCCUGCAAGUCCUAGACAAGCCUCAGCCCCCACAGGGCCCCCUGGAGGUGCAGGACGGCCACGGGGCUGGCGUCUGCCUCUGCUGGCGGCCCCCAAGGGACGACGGGGGCCAGGCCCUGCAGCACUACGUGGUGGAGAGGCGGCAGGCUGGCCUCAGCACUUGGCUGAAGGUGGGCGAGCCCCCCGCGGACAGCACCACGUUCACGGACGCCCAGGCAGAGCAGGGCAAGAAGUACAGCUUCCGCGUGCGGGCCGUGACCGCGGAGGGGCCCGGGGAGGCCCUGGAGUCCGGCGAGGUGCUGGUGGCUCCCGAGGUUCUGCCCGGGCCUCCGCCCCCGCCAGCCAUCCUGUCGGCCUCCGGCCGAAGCGUCACUCUGUCACGGACGGCACCUCGGGGCCCGGGCAGCGCCCACGUCCCGGGCUACCUGAUCGAGCAGCGCGAGAAGGGACGGAGCCCCUGGGUGGCCGUGAACCGGCAGCCGAUGCCCGAGAAGAAGUGGACGGUGCCGGACCUGAGGCAGGGCUGUCAGUACGAGUUCCGGGUCACAGCCGUGGCCCCCUCUGGCCCCGGGGAGCCUGGGCCCCCAUCGGAUGCCGUCUUUGCUCGGGACCCCAUGAGACCCCCCGGGCCCGCGAGGGAUCUCCAGGUCACGGACACGUUGCACGCUGGCGUCACGCUGAGCUGGGCCCCACCGGACCCUCAGGACGGGGACGGAGCUCUGGGCUACGUGGCAGAGCUGGGCGACUCAGCCAGCCUGCGGUGGAGUCCGUGCCACGCCGGCACCGUGCCGGGCGCUGCCUACACGGUCAAGGGGCUGCGGCCUCGGGAGGGCUACUUCGUGCGGGUGACAGCCGUGAAUGAGGGGGGCCGAGGCCCGCCCACUGCCCUGGACACGGUGGUGCAAGCCGUGCCCGUCAGCGUCUGUCCCAAGUUCCUCAUGGACGCCAGCACGAAGGACUCGCUGACGGUCAGAGCUGGGGACACGGUUCGUGUGCCUGUCCGCUUUGAGGCCGCCUCCGUGCCGGACGUGGCCUGGCUAAAGGAUGGCUUGCCCUUGCCUAAGAGAAGUGUGACCUCCGUCAAGGAUGGCCUCACCCAGCUCCUGGUCCCCGCGGCCAGCCUCGCUGACAGCGGCCUCUACACUGUGGUGCUGAGGAGUCCGCGGGGGGAGGAGGCCACCCAUAGCUUCCGCCUCAGGGUGGCAGCGCGCCCACGGGCCCCGGGGCCCAUCCUGCUGCGGGAGGGCACGCUGGGCUCGGUGAUCGUCGAGUGGGCGCCGUCCCCGGACGAGGCCGACGGGAGGGCCGCCCCGCUGCACUACACGCUGCUGACGCGCUCCUCGGCGCGCGCGCCCUGGCGCCCCGCGGCCGAGCGCCUGCACACCUGCCGCUUCACCCUGGUGGGCGUCCUCCCGGGCCACGAGUACCGCUUCCGCGUGGUGGCCGAGAACGAGCUGGGCGCCAGCGAGCCCUCGGACACGCGCCAGCCCUGGGUCGUCCCGCGGCAGCCGCCAGACAGGGUCACAGAGAAGGCUCCCAGGUACCAGGAGCCCGACCUGAGCCAGAAGCCCCGCUUCCUGGUGGGCCUGCGGGCCCACCUGCUGCCCCUGGGCUGCGAGUGCUGCAUGACCUGCGCCGUGCAGGGAUGGCCGCGGCCCCGCGUCACCUGGUUCAAGAACGACCAGAGCCUGGCAGGCGACCCCACCGUGUACAGCACCGACCUGCUGGGCGUGUGCUCCCUGGUCCUCCCCAGCGUCUCGGCCGAGGACGGUGGCAAGUACAAGGCGGUGGCCGAGGACACACUGGGCCUGGCCGUCAGCAGCGCCACCCUCAUCGUCAUGGGAUCUAGCUCUGAGCCCCGACACACCCUGGAGUGGCCCAGCCCGUCCCCACAGCCUUGGGAUGAAGGCAGAUCCUCGAAGGUUCACUCGUCACUCCGCACUGGCCUGGGGAGGCCGUCCCAGAGGAUGGAGGGUGCUGGCAGUGCCCAGAGCCCCAGGGAGAGGGGCGUGAGGGGGCUCCUCCCGGAGGGCACGGAGGCUUUAGGGAAGACAAAGAAGAAGGGGCCGUUCAGCCUCCCAGCCCCAAGCUAGGUCACUGCACAGGACGGCAGCGAGCCUCCUGCUUGGGGCAGCGGCGGGAACUGGAUGUGUCUGCAGGAUGGAGGCCAAGUCCCCUGCCGGGGGACAGGACGGGCUGGGCCUGAGUGACCACAGUGAGGAGCGAGCACGGCGGUCCGAGGACCUGGGCGGGAGCCGGGGCUGGAGGGCGUGUGUGUGUGUGUGUGUGCGUGUGCGUGUGCGUGUGCGUGGACAGCUGCUCUCUGUAUGUUGUCUCUUUAUUAAAGCGUUGGCUAACACUGGCGAA